AUAUUAAACAGAGAGAAAAAGGGGAGAAUAUUAACAAACACUACGAGACUACAAGUCCACGACUUUGAUCCAUUUGUUCUUCGUCUAUUUCCUUAUUCUCAGGGAAAUCGAGGGUUUAUAUAAUUCAUUCACAGUCUCUUUCUCUCUCUUUGGUUUCGUUGUCCCUCUCUAAUCAAAAAAGUAUCUACCUUUUUAAAUUCAUUCCCCUUCGAUCUUACUUUUUCAUCGCUGAUUGUUCACAAAAGGAAUCUCUACUUUUUCAUUACCAUUGCCUUGGUCUUUUGUUCGUUUCCUCAAUCUCUGGUUCUUUGAAUAUCUCUUUACCAGGAUUUUUACUUAUUCCGUGGAAACCUUUUUUCUGGGGUUUGUCUUUCUUCUAAUCUAGAAACCAAGCUAGUUCUCUGCGCUCAAAGUUUGUAGCUUUAUCCCAUCUGGACACACCAAAUGGGAUAAAUCGGACAAAGAGAUUUAAGCAAUUCUCCAUUGAUGAUCAACUGUUUUAAAGACUCAAUACAUGUUUUGAUGAGUGUUUUGCUAUUUACUGUUGUUUCAGCUACUGGUGACGAUGAUGAUGAUCAUGAAGAGGUUGGUGGUAAUCAUGUCGAUGGUCAUAGGAGUGAUGAGGUUAGAGAAGAAGUAGAUGCAAAGGAAAACGAAGGUCAAGUUGGUGGUGUCACUCUCACUCUGAAAAGUAGUCUUAGAAAGGCGGAUUCAAAUUCAACAGAAGCUGGGAAGAAGGAGAAGAAGAAGGUACAAUGGGUGGAUGUGAUAGGCAAGGAACUUGCUGAGAUUCGAGAAUUCGAACCUAGUGAUGAAGAUGAUAUUGAUUCUGAUCGGGGAAAAACCUGUGUUUGUGUUAUCCUGUGAUCCGUCCACUUUAGUUUAACUGGGAGACCUAAGGCCAAAAGACAAAGUUGGUGGCUUCUUCUUCAGCAUUAAAAUCCAUAUACAUGGAGGUACAUAUAGAAUCUGCAUUUGUGUUCUACAGCCAAUCUAAGGCCAAAAGACAAAGUUUGCGUACUUGAAGCCAUAUGAUGAUUCCUGAUUUAACACGGAAGCAUUUUUUUUUCUUCUUCAUUUUCUUCUGUAGAAGUGUUUUAAAGUAUAGGUCUUUAACUUCAUUUGUUUCUUCAAUUAUUUAAUGAAGUUCUUUCUUACAUAGAUCGUGGAGCAAGUUAUGAAAUUUAACAAUGACUACUUGUAUCAAUAUCUAGUUCUGCGAUUUAGUUCAAAUGAAUUUGACAUCACCUAUGUUGGAUCAAUGUCUGAGUUACAAAUUACUUCAAUCUAAGAGAAAACUGCGGUUUGUUGUCUUUCA